UACACCGAUAUUACAUUUUAUAAUAGGAUUCGUAUAGUUCUAUAGUCUUGGGCUCGUAGUUAUUCUUACUCCGAAGGCCUGGACGUUCAAUAUUUCAUGUUCGCAAGUCGUAACGAAUGGUUGUGGUGAGCACAUCAUUAUUGGUGCCUAGAAGCUGUGGUCACCCAAAUAUGUGUCUGCUAACCGAACAUGAACAAGAAAGAAGGCAGCAAAAUGAAAGGUGAAAGUAGAACGAAAGUUAAGCCAGACAAAGCAAAAGAACAGAAAAAGAGCGAUGUUAAAGGCAAAGGAAAAGCUGAAGAGCCGAAGAAGUCCACCAAAGACACUCAGAAGCGAGCUGGCAGAAGCCCAAGUAAAGCUGACACUAAGGAGAAAGCCAAAACUUCGGUAACAAAGGAUGAAAGAACGGGAAAGCCCCGAACUGACGUCAAGAAGGUCAAGAAGACAGGAAGUGAACAUCAUAAAAGUUCUACCAAAGACUCAAAGUCGUCACUGAAGUCGAAAAAGGCUCCAGAGGAGCCAGCAAAGGCGUCCAAAGAUCACAAGGCUCAACCAUCGAAGGCAGAUGCCAAUGCCUCCAAAAAGACGGAACAGUCGAAAAAGUCUGCUAAAACUGAUGGAAGUCAUGUCAAAAAGUCGUCGAAGCCGGAAACGUCGCCUAAAAAGGCAUCUCCUAACAAAGCCCAUGUCGCUGACGCCGCUCCCAAGGAGAACGGCGAUCACAAAGCGAAGAAAUCCUCGGAGCCGAUCUCGCCGAAAAAGGCCAAGGCGCCCACUCCCGAGCCGCCUCCGCGCAAAACGCCGACGCCAAAAUAUGAGGACGACUUCGAGGAGUACGGGGAUGAUUUCGAGGACGAUUUUGAGGAAGAUGAGGACGAGCCAGACAUUUCCUCGUCGUCUGCCUCCUCUUCCUCCUCGUCGCCCUCCUCCUCUGACUCGGAGGAGGACUCCUCCGAUCCCGGUGUGCCGGUCAUCCCGUCAGCCGUCUAUCCCGAUCCUCAGGUCCUCAGCCCGGCCAAUAACCCGAACACGCACUCGAAGCGGCUGGCCACAGCCGUGCCGCGCAAGCAGUUCCAGCCGCCUGCCGACACGUACGCCAAACAGGACUGGGAGCCCGACCAGCUGAAAAAGGCCAUCGACUCGGAGAACAAACGUGCAGAGACGUUCGACGCUGAGGAGUUUCACAAGCAGAAGAAGGCGCGCGCGCCGCCGCCGCCGCCGGCCGAGCAGAAGCGGCGGCCGUCCGUGCCGGUGACGUUCGCUGCCGAGGUGGCCCAGCCGGCGGCUGAGCCGGCCGGCGGCGCGCAGCCCUCGCGCUCCGUGGACUUCUCACACGCCAAGAAGGAGCAGCAGCGCAGGAAGUCUGCUCAGAAGCGCCAGGGCCGCGGUCGCGCCCUGCUCUCGCUGAUCGAGCUGUUCGAGCAGGACUUUGACCUGUUUGAGAUGGAGCCGGCAUCGUACGACCAGAUCGUGGCAAACUUCGGCAAGUCCGGCCUGCAGCAGGGCACCUCUCAGACCAACGAGGACGACCUGGCCGAGGAGGUUCAGACGGACGAGGUGGUGUGCCGCCACAAGUGGACCCAGCACCCGAUCCAGUUCGACGUCCGGGUCACCACCAACGCUGAGGGCGAGGUGGUCACCGGGCCCACCUAUUACGAUUACCUGGGUGUCGGCGGGGACAUGGAGGAGGACGAGCGGGACCGGCAGGACCGGCUGCACAGCAGCGCCAUCCGCCUCAACCGCUUCCUGGGCGCCGCCGGAUCGUGUAUCCUGAUGCUGCUGGAGGAGGGCGCGGCGCGGUCGGACAGCGGCCAGGCGGGCGGCGCCGCCGCCGGCCGGCUCAGUUUCAGCAGCGCCGCGGCGCGCCUGGGCGGCGGCGUGGCCGACCUGCUGGCCGGCCGGCCGGCCACCUUCGUCAGCUUCAGCGACUCGGACGGCCGGCUGCUGGUGUCGGCACACGCCGCGCGGCCGGCCGACCCGCAGCAGGCCAAGGGCGCCUCCGAUCCGGAACAGCCGGAGUCGGCCGACCGGUGCGGCCUGGUGUGCGUCUGGUCCGUCAGCGAGCCGUCCCGGCCGCAGAAGGUACUCAUCACCUCGGCUGAGCCCGUCUGCUGCUGCUUCUCGCCGCUGAAGCCGCGACUGGCCUUUGCCGGCUCGGCGAACGGCUCGGUGGACGUGUGGGACCUGCACGAGUCCGGCGCGGAGCAGAGCGGCGCGCGCCAGUCGGCCGCCGGCGCGCCGCUCCGCUCGCCCACCUACAGCACGGCCGAGAUCCACCGUGGCGGCGCGCACACCGAGCGGCUGGUGGCGCUGCGGCCCGUGCCGGCGGCCGCGGCCGGCCAGAGCGGCGGCGACACGGAGCCGGGCGCCAUACAGGUGUGCAGUCUGGACGCGGCCGGCCGACUCGUGUUCUGGGUGGCCAUCAGCUCCCGGCAGCGAAACAACCUGGAGGUGCUCGACGGCGACCUGGGCCUGGCGCCCUGGGGCAAGGUCAAACUGGUGAAAAUCAGCCACGUCUCGGUCGACGACUUCCUCGACACCAACCAGCAGGGGAUGUUUACCGAGGCCAGUGAUUUCCGGAUCGACCCGAGCGACCCGAGCCACAUCUACGUCAGCACGGACACGGGCGUGAUCGUGCACUGCACUCGCCAGGGCGGCCGGCCCGUGCCGCGCCUCUUCCGGCCCGAUACCGACGUGUCGGUGCCGGCGCGCUGUCUGGCGCUGUGCCCGUUCGAGCAGCCGUUCCUGCUGGCCGGCGGCGCCGACGGCUCGCUGCGGCUGCACACCACCACCGGCGAGCGGCCGCUCAUCACCUGGAACGCGGCCGCCGACGCCGCUCCGGUGCUGGCGCUCCACUGGUCGCAGCACCGGCCCUGCGUCUUCUUCGUCCUGGACGCCGACUCCAGGAUCCACGUGUGGGACCUGAGCGCGGGGGACAUCUUCCCUGCCGAGACGGACCAGGUGCAGUCGGGCCCGGUGACGGCCAUGGACCUCAGCUACAGCGCCGACGGCGACAGUCGCGUCACACACCUGGCGGUGUCCACGGCCGACGGGGCGCUGGAGGUACACACCGUGGCCGAGACGUACACACACAGCCAGGCCGGUGAGCUCGACCAGUUUCUGCACUACGUGCGCAUCAUUUGAGCGCGCACCAGGUGAGCCGCGCCGCCCGGGGCGUAGGGGGCGCCGCAUGUGAGCAGCGCCCGGGGCACGGGGGCGCCGCGUGUGAGCCGCACCCGGGGCACGGGGGCGCCGCAGUGAUUGGUUCGGCUGUUGUUGCUGGGACGCUGUCGCCGGGCGCUCAGUAGCGAAGCCCCAGCACUUAGACCGGCUGGUCUCCAACGCCGCACGAAUUGUUAUCACGAGCAGACUGCGAUUAAUGUGAUCAUUUUCUGAGUGUCUCACGUAUAAAUCAAGUUAUCUCUCGCUCGCGUCAUUUUCGUUAGCCUCACGCCGUGCUGUUGACAGUGUUAUGUGUGGGCCGUGAGUGUGACAUAUUUUAUGCACCCAGUGAUACAUGCGCUUGAGCUGGAGUCGGUCGGCAGACCGCUGAUGCCGCUGAAGAGUCCGGCGCGUCUGUUGGUCCGCGCUCUCUGUGAUAAAAUUGCCGGUUUUCCGUGCGCGCACGGGCCGAGUGGUGCCGAUCUCACUGAUCUAGUCCGUCCAGGGAACCCGGUCCGUCCGUUUGCGGUGUUCCCGGCUCGUGCGCCGGCCGCCCGCCGGUGGUCGCACGCGAGCCCCACACGGCCCCGCCGCGGCGAAGGCGGGCGCCUUGUGUCGGCCGGCUCGGCUCGAUGAGCCUAUCAGUAAUCUCUAAUGCACUGUUGUGAAAUGUGCUUACAUGCGUGUCGCAAUACACUUCAAAUAAG